AUGUGUAUCGCCCACUACCUCCACUACCACCAUGUGCCCCCUUGUUACCGCCCAACUGGCCUGAACUACUACUACUCGUAUUGUGCUGCUGCUCACUACGACCCCGUCACCAGCCAGCCGCUCGCACCGUGCGACAGCGUCUCGACCAGCUCUCCCGGCGGAGACCUCAACGACCCAUGUACCAUGAGCCAGUGUCUAAUUGAUCCGGGCUGUCGCUCUGGAGCAUGUCGACUCGCUGAUCUUAACGGCCAGUGGAAGUGCUGCAUGUGUGGAAGGCGGGAGAACUUUGAUUACCAGUGCUUCAAUGCUCGAUCUGCAGAUGUAAAUUUGAUCGUCAUGUUGCCAAUCUCGGUGAUUCACAAGAGAGGCAUCGACGAACUUCUGCAGAAGAGAAGAUUGUGGGAUCAAGGACGGUCGAGUAACACUUUCGACACGAGUAUCAAUAACCGAUUGAGGUUUCACAGUACGGUACAUUCCGAGAUCGCCCUGUCAUGA